GCAGCAAUGCUGAGUGUCACUAACUCUGUGAAGCCGAAAAGUGAUUGCUCGCCUCCUGUGCAAUGGUGUAAGGUGGCUGCACAUGAAGAUGAGAAGACCAAGCUGGUUUUUAAAAGGUACUCGCAAACUUCUUGCACUGUUUGUGGUUGGAGGGUGCUUCGUUUAUAUCCUCAAAUUACAUUUUGGCCCUGAAGAAUGUGACAGAACAAAAAUGCCAUAUGUGGACCUCGAUCGUGUAAGGAGAGCACAACAGUAUGCCAGCGCUGCACUGCAGGAACAGUGCCGACCUUCUUAUGUGAAGAAAGAAAUGGGGAAGUUAUUUGCAGAGAAAUACAUCAUGGACAUACCUCCCUUUGUAAGGAAAAAUAUAAAUGAAGAUGAAGCUUUAUUUAAAUAUGAACCUCCUUUUGGAUUUCACAAGUUCUUUGAUAAGCUUAAAAAUCUCCUUGAACUUUUACCUGAGCAUGAUUUACCAGAAGAUUUGAAGUCAAAACACUGUAAGCGUUGUGUUGUUGUUGGUAGUGGUGGAAUUCUUCAUGGGUCAGAGCUGGGUCACUUGAUGAAUCAGUUUGAUAUUGUUAUAAGGUUAAAUGAUGCACCAGUUCAAGGAUACACAGAUCACGUUGGUAACAAAACUACUAUACGGAUGACUUACCCGGAAGGAGCCCCCCUUUCUGAACACGAGUACCCUCCUGCUAGCUUGUUUGUAGCUGUUUUGUUUAAAAGUGUCGAUUUCAAUUGGCUUCAAGCAGUGGUAAAAAACGAAACCUUGCCUCUGUGGGUGCGACUCUUCUUUUGGAAGGAGGUCGCGGAGAAAAUUCCUUUUACAUCAAAGCAGUUUCGGAUUCUGAAUCCAGUCAUCAUCAAAGAGACAGCUUUGGACAUUUUACAGUUCCCUGAGCCUCGAUCAAAAUUCUGGGGUUGGGAUCAGAAUGUACCUACAAUUGGGGUCACAGCAGUUGUUCUGGCCACACAUUUAUGUGAUGAAGUGAGCUUAGCAGGAUUUGGAUAUGACCUCGAUCAGCCCAGCACACCUUUGCACUAUUACAACAACCUCUGCAUGGCUGCCAUGAACAGACAAACUAUGCAUAAUGUGACAAGCGAAACAAAAUUCUUGCAAAAACUGAUCAAAGAAAAAGUUGUCAAAGACCUCACUGGUGGGAUACAUUGUGAAUUCUGCAGCAAAGACAGCUAGUGAUUGAAGUGCGGCAUGGUUUGGAUUUGUUAAAUUUCCUGAGGUUCAACUGGAACAACCUUUUCACCGUCUUAAAUAGUUCUUUAAAGUGUGCAUAGAAUAGACGUGGAAUCUCUGCUGCCUUUUUUUAAUGUAAAGUUCAAUUUGUUGGACUUGUAAAUUUAUUUUGAUGUCAGACUUUACUUUGCACAUUUUUGUGGAUAACUAUGUAAAUACAACUUGGAGUUGAAAGAAAUCCAUUUAAAAUAUUUAAUGUUUUAACUUGUCUGAAGAAAAGCAGGUUUUGUUUUCAGAUGUA